AAGAAUUGAAAAUACAUUGAAUGGUCUUAAACUUACGACCGUUUUUGGAAUACCUAAACCGUACAUUCGCAUCGAUUGUAAAAUGUGCAGGGUCAUGACUUGUUGCUAACUUAGUUGGGUUCAAGAACGUCUCGAGAUAGAAAAAUAGACUUUUCUGUCACUAGUACAACUUGAAGGCCUUAUCAUGUUUGGACUUUGAGCCACCAAUUCUACUUUUGAUAUCUCCCUAAGUCUUUCGGUCAGGGGUGCAUGUGUCAAGAUGUCGUGGCCUUCAAUUGACCCCAAGAUCUACCAGUAUGGUUUGUGGACAGGCAUUGGUCUCGGAGCCUUAGUGGAGUAUCCCAACUUCAGCUUGGCCUUCAAUACCUUGGGCAGGGAUUUGAGCUCAUUUUGGAAAUUAGGCAGGGUCUUGAGCAAAGUAAAAUCAGCUCAACGAAACAAUGUCACCGUUCCGGAUUUGUUUGCCCAAAGUGCUCAAAGCUAUCCAGAUAAGGCAAUGGUUGUUCAAGUGGAAACAGGAGAGACUUGGACAUUCAAAGAAAUGGACGAGUACUCCAAUCAGGUGGCUAAUUUUCUCUUAAAACAAGGCUUUCGCAAGGGAGACGUGAUCGCGUUGUUUAUGGUGAAUCAGCCCAAAUUCAUUGGAAUUAUGCUGGGCAUGGCUAAAGUUGGCGUCACUGGUGCUCUUAUCAAUACCAAUCUCAAUGCAGAGCCGUUGGAGGAGAGUGUCAGGGUGGCUAAAUCUAAGGCCUGCAUAUUCAAUGCCGAGUUGGGAGAAGGAUUAAAGAGCCUAGCCACAAGUGGAAAAUUUGGACCCGAUUUUCGAUUUUUCGUGUCUGACCUCUCCAGACAUUUUAACGAGUUCGGUGAAGACUUCGACUUGGGCCUAAGUGACAGCCCCAAAACGCCCUUGAGUGUGUCCGAGACAAAAAACCUCCAUUGGACUGACAACUUGAUUUAUAUUUAUACCUCUGGAACCACCGGGUUACCAAAACCCGCUUAUGGCGACCAUUCUAGAUAUAUUUUGGGCUCCUCGCUUGGUAUCCAUGGAAUCGGAAUAAGUUCUUCGGAUCGCAUUUACUGCACCCUUCCUCUGUAUCAUUCUUCUGGCCAAUGGAUGGCCCUUGGGGUCACUAUCUUGUCGGGGGCGACUCUACUUUUGAGGAGUAAAUUCUCUGCCACACAUUUUUGGAAAGAUUGCGUCCAAUACGAAGCCACUUGUGCCCAAUAUAUUGGAGAGAUGUGCCGCUUUCUCCUAGGGACUCCAAAAUGCGACGAAGAAAGUCGACAUCAAGUCAAGUUUAUGUUUGGAGUUGGUCUUGGGCGACAAAUCUGGCCCGAGUUCGUCAAACGGUUUAAGAUCCCAAAGAUUGUGGAAAUGUAUGGAUCCACAGAGGGAACAGUGGGCGUGAUGAACAUUAGAAAUAAGGAAGGUUCAAUUGGAUUUAUUUCCCAACUUUUUGAUGUGAUGCCAUUCGGCCUCAUAAAAGUCGACAAAACAGGGGAGCCCAUUCGUAGCUCCAAAACAGGACUAUGUAUCCGCUGUGGACCUCAUGAAGCUGGCGAGUUGGUGGGGAAAGUGAGAGAUGACGAUCGGGGUGGUCCUGACAAGUUCAAAGCGUAUGUUGGAAAAACCGAGGAAACGUCAAAAAAGAUGCUCAAAAAUAUUUGGAAGAAAGGGGAUGUUGGAUUCCGAACCGGUGAUAUUUUGGUGAUGGACGAUCAUGGAUGGCUUUUCUUCAAGGAUCGAACUGGGGACACUUUCCGUUGGCGUGGCGAAAAUGUGUCUACGGCGGAGGUGGAAUCAAUCAUUAGUAAACUAAUUGGCCACCAAGAAGUGGCAGUAUAUGGUGUUGAAAUUCCCGGCACUGAAGGCAAAGCUGGCAUGGCUGCAAUUCAUGAUCCUUAUGGUACUGUGGAAUUAAAACCUUUGGAGGAGGCCAUGCGGAAGAGGUUGCCCAAAUAUGCGCAGCCUCUUUUCAUUCGAAUACUCAAGGACCUCGACUUGACCGGUACUUACAAAUUGAUGAAGAAAGGCCUAAAAUCCGAAGGCUACGAUGUGACUCAAAUCAAGGACGCCAUUUAUUUCCGGAAUUCGAGUAAAUUUAGUUAUAAAUUAUUGGAUACGGACACUUGGCUUCAAUUGCAAACAGGAGCCCUCGCGUCAAAACUCUAUCAACCUGAAUGAAAUGGAAAAAUGUCUCUAAUCUUCCUUCUUGUCCCCAUUAAUCUGUUCCUCAUUGGGCUCCAAAGGCUCCUUGGAAUCCUCGCUGAUAUGUUGAAUGUUGUCCAAGCGGACUCGUUUCCGAUUGCCAUCCGUGGGCUCUUCUUUCUCAUCACUUUUGGUUAAGAACUCCUCUUUGGGGAUCUGGUUUUCGUUUCUUCUCUGUUUCAAUACCAAAUACGAGCCAAUCACGAUGAAUAAAACCACGUAAACCACUCCCAUGGUCACGUA